AUGGCAGGAAACAAUUUAGCCCCAGGAGAAACGUUGGUGCACUUCUUCGACAUCGACAGCGCACUCGAGGGCCAAAGCCGAUCAUGGUCACCCAAUACCCUCCCCAUCCGCGCAGUGCUAAACUACAAGAAUGCACCUUAUACGCAAACAUACGUCUCGUUCCCGGAUAUCGAGCCUCUGCUUAAAUCGUUAUCGGUGCCGCCACUGGUUGGUGGCCGGAUUCCAUACACUCUACCGGCAAUUCUACACAAACCGUCUAUCCAAACGGAGGGUGCGGCGAUGAACGAUAGUUUCGCGCUUGCAGUCCAUCUUGAGACCAUCUUCCCGCCAGAGGCAGGGUACAAGUCUAUCUUCCCUAACGGACAGGCCAGUUAUGCCUUGGCCGUUGCCGUUCUAAGGGUAUUCGGCAACGUUUUUGCGCCGGUGAGGCCGUUUGCUAUCCCCUGUGUGCCCAAGUACCUCGAUGAACGGGGUCGCGAGUACUUCUAUCGCACGCGGAAGGAGAUGUUUGGCAUGCCACUUCAGGAGUUUGAGGCCAAGGGAGAAGCGCUGGAGGAGGCGUGGAAAACUUUCGAGACGGAAAUGGGGGUGUUGGUAAAGAUGCUGAAAGGUCGUCCGAGCCCGAAGAAGAAUCGGGGACCGUUCUUCGAAGGUGAAAACCCUGGAUAUGCCGAUUUGGCGUUGUUGGGAUUCAUGGGUUGGUUUGAGAAGAACUCGAAGGAACACUGGGAGAGACUUGUGCAGAUUGGAGACGGGGAGCUGAGAAAGUUGUGGGAGGCCGGCCACAAGUGGCUUGAGGCUGAGGGACAGAACGUGGAGUAUGAGAUUCCGAAGUAG